AUGCCGUUCAAAGUAGUUGAAAAUGCCAAAUGUCCAAAAUGUAAUCAAAAUGUUUAUGCAGCUGAAGAAGUACCAGCAGCUGGAAAAAAAUGGCAUAAAAUGUGCUUCAAAUGUGGUUUAUGCAAAAAAAUGUUAGAAGCAAUGACAAUGGCUGAGCAUGAUGGCAAUGUUUAUUGUAAACAAUGUUUCGGACAAGGAGCAGGAACACUUGGAAUGGAUACUGGUGAACAUCUUGGUAACAAAGACGGAUCACAAAUGACAAACAAACCCAAUUAUGCAGCACCACCAGGCGUAGCGCAACAAGAAUAA